AUGACUCGUAUAAGCAAGAAUGAACCAGAGAUAAUAGAUGAGCUCUAUGAAUUCUAUUCAGACAGGAAAAGUCGCGGAGACACUGAUGAAAAAAUCGUCAGAGAUCUUUACGAUUGGAUAAACAUAACAAACUUAAACAAGAAAUGCAUUUUCCAGAUUACAAAUCAUCAUCACAUAAAUACUCCAAAAUACGCAUUAAUACUUGGAUUUUUUUACCAUUAUGGAAUCGGCACAACAGCCGACGAAUCGCGAGCAAGUUACCUUUAUGAGAAAAGUGCAAAUGCUGGAUUUGCGUUAGGUCAAGCGAGAUUAGGCUAUUGCUAUUAUAAACCGAUUGGUCGUGAAAAAAAUGAUGAAUUAGCGAUUUAUUGGUGGAAGUUGGCAGCGGACGCGGGCGAUGUCAAUGCUCAAUAUAAUUUGGCUUCUUGUUAUUCUCGCGGUAUUGGAUGCACUAGGGAUUUGAAAAAAUCAUUUCAAUGGUUUGAAAAAGCAGCAGAGAAUGGUGACUUGGAUGCACAAGUAAUGGUUGGAAAAUGUUAUCAUGAAGGAGCUGGAGUAAUGCCCGACGAAAAAGAAGCAUUCAAGUAUUAUGAAAAAGCUGCGUUAAACGGAUCAAUCCGCGGAAAAUUUUUUGCAGGGUGGUGUCAUCAACAAGGCAUCGGCACUAAAAUAAAUCACCGAAAAGCUUAUAGUUGGUAUCGACAGUCAGCCGACGGCGGGGACCCGUCGGCGCAAAAUCAACUUGGAGUCUUGUAUGCGAUAGGAAACGGUGUCCGAAAAGAUUAUCGCGCCGCAUUUUUUUGGUAUCAACGGGCCGCUUAUGAACAUGAUUCCUCGGCACAAUUUAAUCUGGCAGAUUGUUACCGAUGCGGCGCGGGAAUCCCAUUUGAUAUGCAUGAGGCGAUAAAGUGGUAUCGAAGAUCUGACGUGAAUGGAAAUGAGUCCGUGAAGGAAACAUUGAUGGAGCUGUUUGGCGAGGAUUUGAGUAUUGAAUUUUGA